AUGUCUGGAGGAUUUUUAUUUUACCUUAUUAAAGUUAAGAAGCAACCGUUCUUCUUGAUUGCCACCAAAGAUAGAGGAUGGUUGAGGCCUAAACCUUUACAUACUUAUCACUUGAUAGUGUUUACUUAUAUGUUUUUCGAAGGACUUCAUUUGAUAUUUUUGGUAAAUGAAUUAUAUCCUAAUAUGAUAGCGGCUGAAGUUGGCAAUAUUAUGGCAGAUUCCAUUUCAGCAGCCUCGGCCGCAUUUUAUCCCGUUAGUAUAGUUUAUUCUACACCAAACAUACAACCUGAUAAGCAACAUGAAAAUUCGUACUUCAGAAAUUUUAAUUAUGUUGGACCAAACGCACGUUUAGUUGACAUUGUUGGAAUUAUAUUAUUUUUUGUACCAUUAUUCACGUUAUUACCUUUUGCUUCACUAGCAGGAUAUUACGCUGAAAUGAAUGAUAUUAAAAUGGAAAAUGUUUUUUAUACUGCACAUUACUUUGCUUGGGUAGCUUGGGAAAUUAUAUAUAUUACGGUAUUAUCAUUUUACUGGUACAGGUUAACAUUUAUAAUCAAAGAUCAUAUUAAAGUAUUAUUAUUAGAAAAUGAUAAUAACAAUCAGGUCAAAAAGUUCAAACGAGGCACCAGAAAUUUAACUAUACCGGUUUUAGCGAUAGUUUUUGGAUUAUUGCUUCAGGCGAUUAUAUAUGUCGUUAUGAGUUUAACGCAUCGUAGCAAUACAGUUUAUUAUUUUGGAUGGAAUUUAUUUUAUUAUUGGAUCGGAUAUGUUACUUUCCCAUUACUGGGGUUCGGCAUUGAAUGUUGCUUGCUUUACUAUACAAUAAUGAACUUAAAAAAGCAAGAAACGACAGGCUCUGUUGGGUUUUCGUCACCAUCUUCCUCACAAGGUCAAUUAAACACGAUAACAACUGUCAACAUGGAAAGUCAAAAAGAUAGUAAAACUUUAUGUUGUUUACCAAUUAAGAACUUUGGUAUUACAACAAAUAAACCUACCAUAACAGUUAUUCAUUGCAGUUCUGAAACUAUUACUAUCGUCGAAAAUAAUAAUGAACAAAGUAAUACCUUAAAUUGA